AUGGAUAACAUCACAAUGCCAAGUGAAAAUAAUCCCACAUAUAACGAAACGUUAUCCUACGAAGCACACAUGCUCCAAGAAAUUCUGAGGAUAAACGAACUGAUGAUGAAACAGGCCAAUUACCAAAGCAAUGAAGAAUUUCGUGGUAAUAAUAAAGUUUCACACAAAAAUUAUGCCAGAACUUCGAUGAAUCGGAAUAAUAUUUCUGCGAAAAAACUUAGCGACGAGGCACGUGAAAUACAUUUUCGAAUGAUUUCAAAGAGUGUUUCAUCGCUGCAAGGGAAAAAUGUUUCUUCGAACACUACUGUGUUCAAAGUGCAUUCAAAGACCACAUUGAAGAAGACAGAAUCCAAAAAUAAUAAGUAUCCUGAAGCCGACACUUCUUCGAAGAAAGACACAUCUUCGAAACGUAAUAAUAACAAUAAACAAUCUUUUAAGGUAAACAUGAAUAUUGACGAUAAAUUAGAUAUUAUUGAUCCAUUGCUGCAGGAAGAAUGUGUCGCUUCUUCUUUUAAAAAAGAAAAAAAUAAAAUUUCCCCGAAGAGAAUACGAAACAUAGGAGAUAGAAUUGUUGAUGAUAGUGUUGUUACUAAUCCUGUUGAACUGGUAGAAAUUUAUAAAAAGAAAAUAAACAGCGAGAAUGAUUUAAAUCGAGAGACGAGUUCGAUAAGAACUUUUUCGAAGGAAAAUGACGAACAAUGUGAAAUUGAGGAGAAUAAGUUUGUAUCAUCGAAAAUAAAAUCAAAUAAGCGUAAGAAAGAAAGCUAUAAUGCUAAGAACAUGGAAGAGAAGAUGGGUAAAAUUGAAGAUUUCCAAAUAAAAUAUGUACAAGAAAAUGGUCAAAAUGAUGAAAAUUCAAAAAAAUACAUAGAAGAAAAAAAUGGUCAAAUUAAUGAAAGUUUUCAGGAAAAAUUCACAUCAAAAGAUGAUCUUAUUAAUGAAGAUUUACAAAGGAAAUAUAUAAAAGAAAAUUAUGAAAAUAAUGAAAAUUUUGACAUUUCUGAACGAAAUAUAUCAGAGAGUACUUUUUCUAUUAAAUCGACUCCAGAUGAAGAAAAUCAAAUCAUUAAUACGGUAUAUACAUUAAAUCCUAUAGAAAAUGAAACAAUGGAAUGGAAGCAACAAAAUGAUUUAAAUGAAGAUUCGAUAUUUACUUUGGAAGAAGUCAAUCCACGUGUAAAUUUGGUUACGAUUUUCGAAGUGAGUGAAAAAACGUGCACAAACGAGAAAAUGGAAAAAUCGGAUGGAAAAAAUGGUCUUAAAAAAUCUGAAGUAUCUGAAGAUAUGGAAAGAUGUAGUACAAAAGAAAUAGAUGAUUUAUCUGUCUGCGAAAAUACGAAGAUUUCGAAGAGACAAAAAUUAUGUGCCAAUACUAUUGAAAACAUACAUUCUUUACAAUGUAAUAAAUAUGUAAAUAAUAUUAUAACAGUAAACAAGGAAAAAAAAGAUACAUCAACAAUUAUAAUAAAAGAAGAGAAAUGUCAAAAUAAUGAUUCAAUUACAUUGCCAAAAACGACGAAAAGCAACGAUUCUUUCAUUAAAAAUUCUUCAAGAUUAUUGGAUUCUGAUUUUUCAAAACCUAAUGAAUUAGCAAAUAAUGAAUUAAUGAAAAAGCAAAAACAAAAUAUUUCGGCGAUUGAAAAGGAAGAAAUUCCUAAAGAAAACCAAGACCAAGAUAAUUGGAUUUCUUUUCUACAAUCAAAUAAUAAAAAGGGAAAAUUAUAUAUAAAAACUGAUACUCUUAAUUCUAUUGAGAGAACAAAUUUUCCAAACGAUUAUAAAUAUACUGAUGAAUCUGCAAAGAUAGAAGAGAAUUCUAUGUUUAAGAAAGAAAAUGAUAAAAUGAAUCAUGGCGAAGAUAAUUUAAACAUUGAUUGUUAUAAAUUGAAUAUGUUUAGUGAAUCUUCUAUUAUCUUAAGUGAAAACGAAGUUUCAAAAAUAUCGAUGCAACAUAAUAAUAGAAUUGAUAAUAUUAAAGAUUCAAGUAGUAACUUGUCAUCAGACAGAGAAACCAUUAAUAGAAUAAUAAACAAAAAAUUAAAACUAAAAAGAAGAAAUUCAAUUACAGAUUUGUCGGGGAAAAACAAGAUCAAGAUAGUGAUCGAGAAACGGGAAAAUAAAAAAAAUAAUAAUGAUAAGAAUAUAAUUGAUGAUAAAACUUGUUCAUAUAAUGAAAAUGUACAACCGUUAAUUGACAAAAAUAAAAAAAAAGAUCUUGAGGAUUCUCAAGAUUUUCAUGAAGAGACUACACGAAUAAAAAUUAAUAAUAAUGAACAUGAAAAAACUAAACAAUUAAAACAAAUUAGUGGUGAUAAAAUAAAUAUAUGUCAAAUGUUGACAAAGAUUCACGAACGAUUAACUUCUGAUUGGCAACGAUUAAAACGACUUCAAAUGAAAUUACAAAUCUCGGUUUCAAUGAUAUCGAUAAAUCCGAUGAUGAUGUUCCAACUAUUGGAUAAAACUAUAACAAGGUGCAAGAGUUAUAUUCAUGGUGCAAACGAUAGUUAUAAAGCUGAAACAGAAAUCACUAAUAUCUUACUACAUCAUGUUAUCGAGUUGGUGAAAAUUAUGCAAAUUAAUAAAACGACUUUGGAAAAUCAAGAACAACGUAUUGAUCAAAUGCAAUUAGAAUUACUUCAAGGUCAUCAAAUUAAUAAAAAAAGAACUUUCUUGAAUGAAAUAAUUUUAACUUCGAACUAUUGGACGAAUGAAAUAUUUUAUUUAAUCAAAAAUAUUUCAUGUUUGGUGAAACAAGCAAUGGCUGAAAACGAGGAAAAAGAAAACUUGAGAAAUUUAGGAAGACAUAAACGUCAUAUAAACAAUAUUUCUAAUGAUACUAAAUACAAAGUUGGAAUGACUCGAUCAAAAAAUAUGAAAUUAGACCUUGUAAAAAAAGAAAGUAAUAUCGAGACUCAAAUGUCAGUGGUUACAAAUCCCAUCAAUCCUUUGAAACAAUCCAAAUCCAAGACUUUCACAAAAUCAUUAUAUCCACGAGGUUUAGAUAAAGAAAAACAUCUAGAUGAUGUACAGACAAUUAUCGAUAAAAAAAUAACCGAUAAUCGUCAUUUAGAACGAAAACCAAAAAAGAUGUUCAAUUCAAGUUCUAAUCAGUACAAACAAUCGAUUUCUCGUCAAAAACACCGUAAUAAUCAACAACCUGUUUGGAAACCAGGUGGUACAGUAAAAUUUCCUAAUACUUCCAAUAGUGCAACAAUGUUAAAAUUUCGUCCAAUGAUACAUAUCAAAGAAAAAACGAAUUUGGAGAAUGCAAAAGAAGAGAAGCAGCAGAAACGUGGAGCGAAUGAUUGUAAAAAGAAGCCUUCCAAAAUACAUUCAACGAAAGAUAUCAUAUCCAACAUAGAUAAUUUCAAAAUGAUAAAAGGAAGAAGUACCACCAGCUUGAAAAUCAGUCCCAGAACAAAAAUAAGAGGAAAAAUAUCAAGACCUCUAUCAAAAACUUAUGAAUCUCUCGAAGGAAAUAAAUCUUUAUGUGACAUAAUAAAUCAAAAGAUUAUGAAAGAUUCGAAAGUUCUUAAAGUUUUAGAAGAGAUUAUUAAAGAUGCGAAAAAGAAAGAAAAUAAAAAUUCCGAUAAUGAAACGAAUACCGUUCCUUUCAAACAAUCGUGCGAAUUGAAUGCAGUCAAGGAGGAAAUGAAAAUCAAUGAAGAAGAGCCUACGAGGGAUAUCGAUUCUGAAGUAUAUAAAAAAAACAAAUUAAACGUUAAUGAAGGAUUUCAAGAAAAUCUUAAAAUGCCAGAAAGCAUACCAGAAAAUUAUUCGAUACCAAUUAUAUCGAAAAAUUUUAUUUCAGUUGCAAAUACCAAUAUUGAAGAUAUCAUAGAAAAUGUUGAACCAAAUGGAAAUUUUGAAAAUUUUCAACCAAAAAUUCGAUCGAAUUUUGUCUCUGAAAACAAUGCAAAUUGUGUUGUAAAUUUUACUUCGUCUUCAGUUGACAUUAAUAAAUUAGAAGUUUCGAAAUUAUAUAAAACAUGCCCUACUUCUAAUCCUUCAUUAGUUGUUUCGCAUGACAAAAUAAAGGAAAAUGAAAAUUUUAAGGAAAAUAAUGUUUCUCAAACUUGUGUUCUCAAUUGUAACGAGAAACAAGAAAAAUACAAUACUUCAGAUUCGAAUAUUCUUAUUAAUAAACCGAGUUAUGUUAAAAAAGAGAAAACAAAAGUGGGUUCUCAUACAAUGUCAUUGGUUAUGUUAAAAGAAUUUCUUUGUAAUCAGGGCAUAGAUAUUAAUCUGGUGAAUAAAGCCGAAAAAUAUCUAAAAGACAAGCAAAGAAUGUAUAAAGGUUUGAGAAAGAAAUCUAUCAGCUUUGCAGAUGUGUCUUCAAGUAUCGAAUAUAAUUGCCAUUUUAAAGCAAAUUUGAAAAAAGAAGAGAAUUUACAGGAGGUAUUAGAAAAUGAUAUUAAAAAGAUUAACGACAAUGUUGUUGAAGAUAAAAAAGUUUUAAAUGAAAUUUCUUUGGUAUCUUCAUUAGAAACAAAAAAUAUCGAACAUAAUCCCCAUUUUAAAGCAAAUUUGAAAAAAGAAAACAAUUCAGAAGAGAAAUUAGCAAAAAAUAUCGAGAAGAUGGACGACAAUGUUAUUGAGGAUAAAAAAAUUUUAAAUGAGAUUUCUUUGCAAUCUUCGUUAGAAACAAAAGAUAUUGAACAUUAUUCCCAUUUUAAAGCAAAUUUGAAAAACGAAAACAAUUCAGAAGAGAAAUUAGCAAAAAAUAUCGAGAAGAUGGACGACAGUGUUAUUGAGGAUAAAAAAAUUUUAAAUGAGAUUUCUUUGCUAUCUUUGUUAAAAACAAUGAAAGAUGUUGCAACAGAUACACUUAAGGAUAAUAACAAUGCUUAUUCUCAGACUAGUGUCUUUUGUAAAACAUCUAAAAGUUUACAGACUAUUCUUGAGAAUAAUUUAGCGAUGAAAUUGCAAGCAAUGGAAACGCAAACGGAACGGGAACAAAAAAAUGCGUUUUCAAUGAUGGAUUUAUUUCCAAUUACUGAUAAUUCAACAGAGACGGAAAAAUUUUCUUAUAUUAUCAAAUCUGUAAAUUCUAAAAAUGAAAACGAUCUUAACGAAGAAGAUUUAAAAAUAGAACUUUAUGAUAAUAAUAAUGAUCUUUCAAAGAAUGAUUAUAAAGAAAAUUUCAAAAAUAUUUCUACAAAGCUAAUUGAAGUGUUAAAAUCAACCAAUAUAGAAUCUACUGAAAAUAUAAAAGUGAUUAAAAGUGAUAAAAAUUCAUCCAAAGAAUGCUCUCAAAUGUUUCAACAAUUAUUGGAUCAGAUACACGAAGAGUGUGACGAAUCUUUGUCAGAUUAUAAGAAAGAUAAAUUAUUUUUCAACGAAUCAGAAGAAUCAUUAACAUCUGGAUCUUCUAAAAAUUGCAUUUUCAAUAAUAGUGAGGUUAAAAAGAAAAAAGAAGAUGAAGAUCAAUCUGUUGUUAAAGUUAUCUCAAGUGGAAUAGUGGCGGCUUUUCAAGUUGCCGCCAUUAGAGCACGAAAUAUAUAUCGGUCUAUACGCAUCUACAAACGGAAAUUGAGAGAAAAUGCGAGAAAGUUGAAAAAAGAAUCAAAACAUAGGAAAAAGAUUAAUGAAAUUUAUAAAUCGAAUGAAAGUGGAUCGAAGAGCAAUAACAGUGUAACAAAUAUUAUUAUGCAAAAGAGGAACGAUAAGAGAAAUGGCAUCAUCGAAUUAUUUAAGAAUCUCAAGCAAACGGAAAUUACGUCACCAUUAAGUGAAACGUCUUUCGAUAGUCACAGUGAAUCUGAAGAUAACAGUUUUAGAUCUGUGAAAAUAUCGUCAUCAGAUAUUUUUCCCAAUGAAAUGAAUUUUGAAAACAUCGAGUUGAGAAAUUCGGAAGAAUCGACCAACAAUCUUGUGACUAAAAACACGAGUUUUAAAUCUGUUAAAAUGUCAUCAUUAAAUAUUUUUUCUGACGAAAUUAAUUUUAAAAAUGAUUUAGAAAAUCCAAAAGAAUCAUUCAACAGUAUUGCGUUGAAAGAGAUAAGAUCUUUGAUGGAGUUUUUAGUGAAUAAAACCGGUGAUAUAGAAUUCGAGAGAAUAGAAUGUGUUCAAAAAAUUUCAAAUAAUAUUACGUGUAAAACAAAAUCACACCAAGAUAUGAGAACAGAAUCUUUGAAAAAAAAAGAAUACAGGAUGUUUUCGAGCGAGAAUUUAUUAGUUUUGAUUUAUAGCAUGUUGUGUAUUUUCGUUUUCUGGUGUUUAAACUUUACAAUCACUUGUGACAUUUUCUUGUAAUUUGUGUAAUGUCUUUGUGCAUUUUAUUAUUUUACGUUUACAUUGUUUUCCUUCACAUUAUUGAAUUUGUUGUAUAUUGUUAAUGUUUUUAUUUUGUAUUUGUCUUUGAAUGCAUGUCAUUCCUUCUUUAUUCUGUUAUUUUAUGAAUUUUGUGAUAGAUUUGUAUUUUGUAUAUUUAGUUUAUUGCUGAAGUCUGAAGAUUUAACCAAAAUGAUUUUGUUAAUUAAAAAAAUUGAAUUAAAAAUAUUUAA